AUGAAGCUAGCAGUUUUAUUGAUAUUUUUGGGGGUUGCAUCUGCAUUGAACUGCAAUGCUUACUCCCCUUUCUGGAGUGAACAAAAUUUUUUGUUUACUCAAGGAGAGGGUCAAUUUUAUAGCUUUCUAUAAUUUUAUUGUAUUUUUUUUUAGAAAUUUAUAAAAAAAAAUUUCAGGAUCAUGGGUUUUUGGCCAAAAAUAGGAACUUUUCAAUUGUUUUGCUCAUUCACAGAGGGAGAAAAGUUAUGGAAUUGCUGCAACAGUAGACGCUAGUGUGUAUUCCUGCAACAAUAUUACAGUGACUCGCGCAAAUUAUCAAAUUCUCAAAGAUAUUACUAAAUGCGAAACACAUGUGACACCUUAUAAUAUAUGUAUAUGUCCAGCUGAUUAUCAAGGAAAAACUUGUCAAGGUAAAAGACAGACUUCUUGUGUUCUCUCAAUGAUUUCGCCUUCCAGCGGAGAUUGCGAUACAAGCGGAAAUUAUAACAGCAAUUUAAAAGGGUUCCCUGUAUGUAUGAAGGUCACUAUGGACUCCGUCGCUUCAAUUGUAAUCCAAGCCAAUUGUACAACAAAAACGGCUGGACCGUCAAUAGAUUCUUAUUACUUGUCAAUGACUGAUAUAAAUGAAACGCAAGUUAUAAAAAACUACACCUUUAAAUAUGAAGUCAAUGACGGCAAAGUUUACUCCUCUGGACCACUCAGUGCAUCAGUCUCUACUAAAUUUAUAGACUAUAACCGCCCCACAAGCUAUAACGGAACUUUACAGGAAAUAGUUGGUGCUUCAGCAGUUUUGGGCUCCCAGACUUUGCUCAGCUAUAAUCUAAACAGGGUUCCAAAAAACUGCUUAAAUAGCGGAAGACUCUAUUAUCAAGUCUGGUAUGACGGCAGUUUAAAUUUUGUUACAAGCACUAUCCUUAGAAGCACAAUGGAUGAUCAGAACUGAUCCCCUCCUGCAUGAAAAUCAAAAUUCCCAACUGGACUAGUUAUUGGGCUAACAGUUGGGCUGUCAGCUGCUCUUAUUAUUGCAAUCCUUAUAGGGCGAUACUACUAUAUUCAGUAUAAGUUGAAGAAAGAAAACUAA